AUGCCGCUAAACGGAAGUCGAAACGGACAGCGUACGGCAGCGAUUGGCCUGUCGCUGGCCACAAUCCUGGCACUGAUGGUCCGCAUCUGCCACGGUCAAUCCAUUGCCUCAGAUUGUGACAUCACCAAGUGCCAACCAUUGUCCAAUAUAUCGGAGGUAUCACUGGAACCGGGCCAGCGAAUUCGCCGUGAGUUGGACACGUGCUGUGAGGUACUGCGGCUGUACUGCGACCCUGCUGGCUGUCCACCGGCCGUGGACUUUUGCGAUACCGCCCGAACCAUCCGACCGACGGCGGUCCAGGGAAGAUGCUGUACCCUUCAUCGUUGUGAUAACCACUGUGAGGUGAUGGGCCGCGAUGGGCUGCCCACGAGCCGGUUCGUUGGCGACAAGUGGUUCCACAUGGUUAACGGGACGACGUGCGUGAACUACGAAUGUUUACGGAACGAGGCAAACGAAACGUUUAUCAACUCCAUUGCGAUACAAUGUAACACCGUCUGUCCGGAGGGUUUCGAGCCACUGCUCAGUGAUCAGCACUGCUGUCCCCAGUGCGUUCAGGCGCAGUGCAAGUUCGACGACCGACUCUACCGGGAGCGGGAAUCCUGGGAAAGCCCCGACGGGUGUCUGGUGUACCGUUGCGUGAGAGAGAACGGGUUCCUCUCGAUCAGCUCCAGUCGGAAACGGUGUCCGGCGGUCGUUGGGUGCCCGGAGGAGAGCAUCGUCGAGAGCGGCUGCUGUAGGGUGUGUAACUACACGGCGGAGGCACCCGGCCCAACGUCGGUGCCUGCCUCUUCGGAGGAAGAACGCGCCGACAUCGAUUACUUUAGCGAACAAACGUACCGAGAGCAUCCGUGUCGGCGGGAGUGCACGUUGGGACGCAAGCCCGAGACCUGCCACUAUCGCUUCCGGCUCGAGUGGUACCGGACGCUAAGCAAGGCGUGCUACAACUGCCCGUACAAUGCGACCGACUGCGACCGGCCACACUGCGUGGCGGGUGACGGGGUGCGGCGGAACGUGGCCGUCAUCAACCGCAUGAUGCCCGGGCCGGCGAUCGACGUGUGCGAGAACGACAUCAUCGUGGUGGACGUGGAGAACCAUCUGAUGGGCGAAAGCACCACCAUCCACUGGCACGGACUGCACCAGCGCCGCACGCCGUACAUGGACGGAGUGCCGCACGUCUCCCAGUGUCCGAUCAGCCCCGGCACCACCUUCCGGUACACGUUCCGGGCGGACAACCCCGGGACGCACUUCUGGCACUCGCACACCGGCAUGCAGCGGGGCGACGGGGCCUUCGGGGCGCUGAUCAUACGCAAGGACAACGACGUCCACGAGCUGCUGUACGACCUCGACCUACCGGAGCACGUGAUCACGGUGCAGGACUGGGGCCACGAGCAGGGUGUUUCACUGUUUGCGUCCCAUCACCACUCGACCGGCGACAAUAAGCCACCGAACUUGCUGAUCAACGGUCGCGGGAAGUACUUCCAGAGAUUUCCCAAGGCGAAUCCCACGCCCUUGGCAACCACAACUCUGGAGCCUCCCACAACCACUCCCGCGGAGGCCACAACUUACGAGGAAGUGGUCGAGGAUUCGACAACGGAAGAAACAACGACAAUGACUGCGCCCCAGCUGUCCGUCGAGGCGGUCGAGGAUGAGUCGGAGUUACUGCAGGCCAGCAGUGGCAAUGGGCUGAAGACGGUGCUAAGAUCCCCGACGGAGGUACACCGGCACCGGACUAAGCGACAGUCACGGACCGUCAAUUUCAACGCCAUCGUCGUGCCCGAAUCCCGCCACAUUCCGCUGGCGGUGUUCAGCGUGGACAGGGGCCGACGCUACCGGUUCCGGUUGAUCAACGCCGAGUUCCUCAACUGCCCGGUGGAGCUGUCGAUCGAGAAUCACCUCAUCACGGUGAUCGCGUCGGACGGGUUCGGGAUUCAGCCCGUCGAAGACCUCGGCUCGUUUGUCAGCUACGCCGGUGAGCGGUUCGAUUUCGUGGUGAAAGCAAACCAACCUAUCGACAACUACCUGAUACGGUUCCGGGGGCUGAUGGAUUGUGAUGAGCGGUUCACGUCGGCGUACCAGUUCGCGGUGCUGCGCUACCGGGGCGCUCCCGAGGACCAGGAGUACGAGUCGUGGCCACCGUAUGACUACGAGGCCCCAGGGUUGCAGCUGAACUCACUGAACGCUGGGCCGGGCGCGGAGAAUGUUGUCACGAUCGCGGAAACCAACGCAAUCCAGCAGGAGGACCUGCUGUUGCUGCGCAACGAGACGGACUACAAGUUCUACGUCUACUACGAUUUCUACGGCAAAGACAACCCGCACUUCCACGUGCCGAACCUGUACGGGUUCGGGCAGGUGGUCAACAACACGAACCGGCUGUACACGCCGCAGCUGAACCACAUCUCGAUGCGGAUGCCGCCGGUCCCGUUCCUGCCCGGCAAGGAUCUGCUCGACGAGGCCGCGUUCUGCAACGAGACGAGCCUGCGGCGGCAAGGCCGCGACUGCCGGCGCGAGUUCUGCGAGUGUAGCCACGUGGUGCAGAUUCCGCUCCACGCGACCGUCGAGAUGGUCAUGAUCGACGAGGGUCUCACGUUCGACGCGAACCACCCGUUCCAUCUGCAUGGGCACGCCUUCCGGGUGGUGGGCAUGGACCGCGUCAGCCGCAACACCACGAUCGAGGACAUUCGGCGCAUGGACGAGCAGGGCCUUCUGCGGAGGCGGUUCAAGAGAGCCCCGCUCAAGGACACGGUCACGAUCCCGGACGGAGGCUACACCAUCAUUCGCUUCAUCGCCAACAAUCCCGGUUACUGGCUGUUCCACUGUCACAUCGAGUUUCACGCCGAAAUCGGGAUGUCGCUGGUGCUGAAGGUGGGCGAUCGGUCGGAGAUGAAGCCACCACCGGCCAACUUCCCCACGUGUUACGACUACAAACCCGAGCUUGGCCAGCUCGGCGGAGGGGCUCGGCCGACGGUGCGCUCUGGACACUGGCUUCCGGUGCUCCUGUCCGUGUUGCUGGCUGCCAAACUGUCGACCGUCGGCGCGUGAGCGACGUGGCGGGCCUUUUUGUGAUAGGAUGUGAUGAAGCGAGUAUUAAUGAGUACACUCCCGGCCACGGAAGGGUACCCUGUUAACUUAUGACUCAUUUUCUAGUGCGUAAGAUACGGAGCAAACGCUCACUGUACAAAAAUGCGAGAGAUGUGUCCACUUUUAUGGUGUAUGGACAGGAAUAAAGUGGACAGGAAACAGUCCCAAAGAAGCGCGGUGCGUCCCGGUGUUCUGUGCCCUUCCCGCCGACAGCGAAUCGGGGGACACUUUCGUCUGCUUUUGACACGCCCAUUCCCAUUCGCUGCUGCCACCGUCGUCAACGUCAACCUCCUGCGGAGAGAGGAAGCGACUUCUCUGCUCCGUGCCUGCGUCCUGCGGCAAGUGCGAGACCGUUGGCCGAGAAAAGGGUUC